UUACAAAUUCAGCCUUGUGAUAAAUUUGGAUUAUCUUAAAUUUUUCUCUCUACUUCUUUUAUUUUUUAAACUUUUGUUAACGAGUAAAAAUGACUAGAGGAAAGCUUGAAGUUCAUAUUGUUGAAGGUAAAGACAUUAAAGACACGGACGUCAUUGGCAAAGGUGACCCUUAUGUCGAACUUUGGUUGGAUAAUGAUUCUAGUAAACAUAAGACCGAUACUAGAAGUGGAACCGCUACUCCUGUUUGGGACAAGUUUUUCCAUUAUUUUGUUAAUGAUAAUAAAGUACUUAAUCUCAGAGUUCUUGAUGAAGAUGUUGGUGCGGAUGAAGAGAUUGGUGUAGCUAAAAUUUCUCUUGACCAAGUAUAUAAAAACGAAUAUAUUGACCAAUGGGUUAGUUUGCCAGAUGCAAAAGUUAGUGGUACAUGUAAUGGUCAAGUCCGUGUAAUUUUGGAAUUUUGGCCAACUAGUUGAUUUAAAUAAUUUUAUUUUGUUUUAACGAAUUUUAAAACAAUGAUUUUGUUUUUUAUCGCACCCGCGAUAUAUUGCACCCCAUAUAAAAGCAUUCUAAGUAAAAUUGUAAAGCAGGCAAAUGAAAAAUAGAGAAUUAGAAAAUUUGACAAAGAUCGGUAAUCGGCAUAUUUAGUAUGAAAAUUGUUAAGGGGGGGGGAGAGCGAUAUCGAUAAUUAAAUUAAAAUACUUUUAUUAUUAUUGGUGAUUCUAAUAAUUUACAAUGAUACAAUUUUAACUGCAUUUAAUGCUAUUAAUGUUAAAUUUAUCAACCUUAAAUAUUUAUAAAUCAGAUUUUAUAUAAUACUAUUUCUAAUAUU